AUGGGCAACUUCUUUUGCUGGCUCAUCUUCAGCUGGGCCUUCUACUCGCUGAUCUACGUGGCCGUGCCGUACGUGUCGUCGAUGGGCAAGGUCGGCACCGUCUACGCGACGGAGAAGCCGAUCCCCACCGACGUUGCCUCCACCCUCUUCACCUUCUACGGCGUGUUUCAAAUCGUCGGCUCCGUCCUCGUCGGCUGGCUUGCGACCAGCACGACGAACGAGUUUGCCUACGUCACGUGCGCCACCGUGGGGGGCGUGUUCUGCGGCUUUUCUGGCCUUCUGCCGCAGCUACGUCGCCUUUGCUCUGCUCCUCUGCGUCAUUGGCUUCUGCAUGGCGGGCAUGUUUGCCGUCAUGCCGGCCCUCAUUGCGGAGCGGCUGCACGGGCCAAACCUCGGCUUCUACAUGGGCUCCGUCUUCCUCGCCGGCGUCGUCGGCGGCUUCUCCGCCCCGCCCAUCCAGGCCGAGCUGCAGCAGCGCUACCACGGCAACUACACCUUCGUCUGCGUCUUCAUGAGCGCCUGCAUGACGAUGGCGGGGGCGGUCUGCUACGUCACGAUGUGGCGCGCCAAGAGCGCCCGCCUCGUGAGCGCGGCGGCGGCGGCGAAGCUCGCGUGAGCCCCCCCCCUCCCCACGCACCUCCGGACACGCAGCGCAAGCGCCAGACUCUCCGGGCGUGUGUUGUGCCGCUGCGGGGUGCGUGCAGGCAACCGGCGGCGGAAUCCACCCCCUUCACCAGGCGGAGGAGGAAGCGCGCGCCGGCACGCACGCAUGUCUAG